UCUUAUCAAUAUAAAUGGUUUAUUAUAAAAAAUGAAAUUCAUGGUACAAAGUACAUAGUACAUAACGGUGCAUUGAUGCAUGAAGACCAAGUGUCUCAGUAAGAAAAGAAAUAGAACAUUUCGAAGAACAAGAAUCAUAUAAACAUAUAUAACAUUAAUUGCUUAUUGACAAUCAUUAAUUGACAUUAAUUGAGAUAAAAUAUUUUUUAUAUAUCAGAAGUGUAGUAAAUAUGGUUCUCAAAGGAAUAAAGGUUUUGGAAUUAGCUGGGCUUGCUCCAGGACCUUUCUGUGGCAUGGUCUUGGCAGAUUUUGGAGCAUCUGUCAUCAGAAUAGAUAAGAUUGGAGCUCAAGCAAUUGAUUCUUUAGGCCAUGGGAAACGAUCAAUAGCAUUAAAUUUGAAAUCAAAAGAGGGUAUCGAAAUCUUUAAAAAAUUAAGCAACCAAAGUGAUGUUAUUAUUGAUACAUAUAGGAGAGGUGUUAUGGAAAAAUUAAAGAUUGGGCCAAAGGAUCUCAUGACAAGCAAUAAGAAGUUAAUAUAUGCUAGAUUAACAGGAUUUGGUCAAGUUGGCCCUUACGCAGACAUGGCUGGCCAUGAUAUUAAUUAUUUAGGCUUAUCUGGGUUACUGUCUCUGUUUGGCCGAUACAAUGAAAAACCCACACCACCCGUUAAUCUGGCUGCUGACUUCGGUGGCGGUGGUUUAAUGUGCGCUUUUGGAAUAAUUUUGGCGCUAUACGAGCGAUAUAAGAGCAAUGUCGGGCAAGUGGUGGACGCAUCUAUGGUGGAAGGGUCCGCAUAUUUAGGCUCAUGGUUAUUCAGAUCGCAGAAAAUGCCAUUUUUAUGGGGAAGGCCACGCGGUAAAAAUAUAUUAGACAGCGGUGUGCAUUUUUACGACACGUACGAGACAAAGGACAAUCGUUAUAUGUGUGUAGGAGCUUUAGAGCCACAGUUUUAUGAAAUUUUCUUAAAGAAGCUCGGUCUCACGAGCGACGAGGUGUCGCAAUUCGAGAAUUUCGAAGAGAAUCGCUGUAGGAUCACGGAAAUCUUCAAGCAGAAGACCCAGGCGGAAUGGUGUGCUAUAUUCGAUGGCACCGAUGCGUGUGUGACACCGCUGCUGAGUCUGAAGGAUGCUGCUUCGCACAUUCAUAAUCAGUAUCAGGGGACUUUCACGACCAUAGGAGACGAUGUGAUACCGAAUCCUUCUCCCCGUCUGUCUCGUACACCCGGCAUUUCUACAGGAACUCGUAAAAAUUCACAGCCUGGCGAAAACAGUAUAGAGAUCUUGACAGAAUUGAAGUAUCAAACUAAGGAGAUCAAUUAUUUGCUGUCAAACAAUUUCGUUUAUCAAACGGAACAUAUCUCUAAGAUUUGAGUGUAUAUGAAUGGCUAAUAAUGAGUUUUUCUUAUACAGAAUAUAAUUUAUAAUUGGUAAUUAUAACUGUGGAUGAGAUGUUAUGUAUAUAUACUGUUAUAUAUAUAUAUACUGUAUAUAUAUCUCAUCUAAGGGAAAUCAUGGUAAGAGAAAUUUAUUUUUUAAUAUUAAACUUGUUGAUAAUUAAAACUUGUUGACCAAAAAGUGCCAUAUAAUGAUGCCAUAUAAUGAUGACUCAUUAGUUUUAACGCGCAAGUAUGAUAUAUUUACACACUAUUAUAUUAUGUCAGAUCGAGAAUGUUAAAUUCUAAUGAUUAUAGUCUUUAAACAUUAUUACAAUUUCUUUUAUAUGUACACUUUUAUAUAUAUAUAUACAUAUAACACAUCACUCAAUAAGUUCGCAGAAUGACUAAUAAAACAACAACUUUUAGGCAAAAUUUGACUUUAUUCAUCUACAUAGUCUCCUUAAAGAGUGAUACAUUGAUUCCACCGCUUCUCUAACAUUUUGAUGGCUUUUUUGUAGAACGAUUUAUCUUUGGCCUCAAAAUAGGCUUCAGUUUCGGCUUUGGGCAGGUUUUGCCGGUUACUGUCCACUCAGCUGACUGCCGAUUUGACUCUGGAGUGUAGUGAUGGAUCUAUGUUUCAUCCAUUGUCACAUACCGCAUCAAAAAAUUCUUUUUAUUGCACUGAUACAGCUCCAAACAGCCCGCUGAAUCGUCGACGCGUUGCUGUUUUUGAUUGACUGUGAGCAAACGCAGUACCCACUUCGAACCACUGUAACUUGUGAACUAAACGUCCGAUUAUCAUGAAAUUUUGACACGUAUCAUUUGAAGGUUAGUACUUCCUAAAAAUCAUAUGGAUUUGUCAAUAGUAGCGCC